CUUCUGUCGAACGUUCAAGAAGCAGCACUAAACCCGAUCGGGACCACUCGAGCUGACCUCCGAGGCGGCUAAACUCCAUCCAGCAGCUCUCCAGCAAAGAGGCCACCUUUGAGAAUCUGGCCUCAUCCAGCAUCUUAUAUUUGCUGCCCCGUCCCCGGUCCGACUGUCUUUCUGCUUCGUGCUGUGCUGUGUGCUGCUCCACUCUUGCCCCUUGUGCCCUUCCUCCAUCCCGCUCGGGAGGACGAUUGAAUUGUUCUCUGAUCUGUUGUUGUGGUUGUUGUUCCUUCUUCCACUUUGUCUGGACGCUGUAGAGCUUCCGGUUCAUCAUGCGGUUCAACGCAGCUCUCGCGUCCGCCGUUGUCUCCUCCGCCACGCUGCUGGGCUACGUCCACGCGGAGGAGACCAAGGCUGCCCCUGACGCGACGACGUCGGUCAUCGAGAAGCCUACCUUCACACCUACUAGCCUCAAGGCUCCAUUCCUCGAGCAGUUCACUGAUGACUGGGACUCCCGAUGGACGCCUUCUCAUGCGAAGAAGCAGGAUUCGAAGUCGGACGAGGAUUGGGCCUACGUCGGUACCUGGUCGGUUGAGGAGCCCACCGUGCUGAAGGGCAUUGAGGGCGAUAAGGGUCUGGUGGUCAAGAACGCCGCCGCUCACCAUGCCAUCUCCGCAAAGUUCCCCAAGAAGAUUGACAACAAGGACAAGACCCUGGUUGUCCAGUACGAGGUCAAGCUCCAGAAUUCCCUGGUCUGCGGUGGUGCCUACCUGAAGCUCCUUCAGGAAAACAAGAAGCUCCAUGCUGAGGAAUUCUCCAAUGCCUCGCCCUAUGUGAUCAUGUUUGGUCCCGACAAGUGCGGUGCUACCAACAAGGUUCACUUUAUCUUCAAGCACAAGAACCCGAAGACCGGCGAGUAUGAGGAGAAGCACCUCAAGGCUCCUCCGGCGGCUCGCACGACCAAGCUGACGACUCUCUACACCCUGAUCGUCAAGCCCGACCAGUCUUUCCAGAUCCUGAUUGACGGCAGCCCUGUUAAGAACGGUACUCUUCUGGAGGACUUCACCCCUCCAGUCAACCCCCCGAAGGAGAUUGACGACCCUAAGGAUAAGAAGCCGGCCGACUGGGUUGACGAUGUCAAGAUCCCUGACCCCGAGGCCAAGAAGCCUGAGGACUGGGAUGAGGAGGCUCCCUACGAGAUCGUUGAUGAGGAGGCCACUAAGCCCGAUGACUGGCUUGAGGAUGAGCCCACUUCCAUUCCUGACCCCGAGGCUGAGAAGCCCGAGGAUUGGGACGAUGAGGAGGAUGGCGACUGGAUCCCUCCUACUGUGCCUAACCCCAAGUGCAAUGAAGUCUCUGGAUGUGGCCCGUGGUCGCCCCCGAUGAAGAAGAACCCUGCCUACAAGGGCAAGUGGUCUCCUCCCUUGAUCGACAACCCCGCCUACAAGGGACCUUGGGCUCCUCGCAAGAUCCCCAACCCCGCCUACUUUGAGGACAAGACUCCUUCCAAGUUUGAGCCCAUGGGUGCUAUUGGCUUUGAGAUCUGGACUAUGCAGAACGACAUCCUGUUCGACAACAUCUACAUUGGCCACUCCAUCGAGGACGCUGAGAAGUUCCGCCAGGAGACCUUCGACAUCAAGCACGCCGUCGAGGUUGCUGAGGAGGAGUCCCUGAAGCCCAAGAAGGAGGACAAGCCCCAGACCAGCGUCGCCUUCAGCGAGGACCCCGUCACCUACGUCCGUGAGAAGGUCGACCUCUUUGUCGGGCUGGUGAAGGAGGACCCUCUCAACGCUGUGAAGGUUGUGCCUGAGGUCGCUGGUGGACUGGGCGCUCUGCUGCUCACCUGCGUGCUGAUCAUCGUUGGCGCCAUCAGUGCCAGCACUCCCGCUGCGGCUCCGGCCAAGAAGGGCAAGGAGGCCGCUGCCGCCGCCAAGGAGCAGACCGCUGAGGCCGUCAGCUCCGCCGCGGAGACCGCCAAGGGCAACGCUACCAAGCGUACCACGCGCUCUUCGGCGGAGUAAAAGGUGUUAGGGGAGGAAGAAUCUGUCGAGUAAAUGUGAUUGGCAGUGAG